AUGGUUCAGUUUACCCAAUUUGUCUUGGCCACAGCCGCCCUCGCUGGUGCGGCUUCCGUUGCUCCAAGACCUCCGAGCAACGCAACCGUCAACCCAUGGCCUGGAAAAGACCGCUAUGUCGUCAACUCAUAUGGCAAGAAGCUCGAGCAAACUAUUGCCGCUUUCGAGGCCAAGAACGACACCAUCAAUGCUGCGCGUACUCGCACUGUGGCCCAAAAGAUUUCAACCUUCACGUGGAUCACUACGCGUGCCGGUCUCGUGGAGAUUGAUACAGCCAUCAAGCAAGCUCGUGCUCAAAGGAAGGGCUUCAAGAAGAUGAUGGUUGGUCUUGUCCUGUACAACCUUCCAGACCGCGACUGCUCUGCGGGGGAAUCUGCCGGUGAGCUCAGCAGUGACAAGAACGGCCUUGCCCUGUACAAGAAAGAAUUUGUCGACGAAUACGCCAAAAAGGUUUCCCAAGCGAGAGAUUUAGAUUUCGCAAUUGUGCUCGAGCCUGAUUCGUUGGGCAACGCCAUCACCAACCAAGGGAUUCCCUUUUGUGCAAACGCCACUCCCAUCUACGAGGAGGGCAUCGCGUAUGCAAUCGCCAAGCUCCAGUUCCCCAAUGUACACUUGUACAUUGACGCCGCGCACGGUGGCUGGCUCGGCUGGGCAGACAACUUGAAGCCCACAGCAAAGAUCUUUGCAAAGGUAGUCGCAAUGGCCAAGGCCAUUAAUCCCGCUGCGAAGAUCAGAGGAUACGCUACCAACGUCUCCAACUACAACUCCUUCCAGGCUAAGGCGAGAGAGAACUACACGGAGUUUUCUCCUUCGUGGGACGAGUCGCACUAUGCUACGUCUCUGGCACCGCAUCUCGAAGCAGAAGGCCUGCCGAGCAACUUCAUCAUCGAUCAAGGGCGUGUUGCGCUUCCUGGGGCGAGGGCGGAGUGGGGCGAGUGGUGCAAUGUUGAGCCGUCUGGCUUUGGACUGCUUCCUGGGACCAGGACGAAUAAUACGAAUGUUGACAGUAUUGUGUGGAUUAAGCCUGGUGGUGAGAGCGAUGGACGAUGUGGGUUUGAAGGCGCACCUGCAGCUGGUCAAUGGUUUGACGACUAUGUUCAGAUGUUGGUGAAAAAUGCUGAUCCACCGCUUGCGCCUACGUAUAACAAGGAGCCUAGAACCUCCUGA